ACUCCUGAGCUGCUCCACUCGCUCGACUGGCCCUGGCCUGCCCUGCCCUGCACCCUCGCAGAUCGUCCGUUGUCUCGUCCACGCGCCGUGGAAGCCAUUGCCUUCCUGACACUCUUCAAUUGCCUGUCUUUUCUCGCUGGCUGUACCACCAUACUCCACAGCACCAUCCAAAUACCGCCCGCCAUGACUGCACCCAAGUACAAACCCUUGACUCUGACGCCCAUCAACUUCUCCCUCACCGAAGGCACCUCGAUUCCUGCUCCGCUCGAUUCCCCGCCCAACACUCCACGCCCUCCCACGCCGGGCAAGGGACCUUUGUCCUCGCAUCCCACUCCCAGCUCUGCCUUUUUCCCACAGCACCGCGGCUCGUCGACCGAAAAAUCCUCCCCUGAUGCAUCUGCAGACUCCAGUCUGCAACAGACGGGCUCCAACGAAAAUGCCAGCGUGAGACCUCCCACGAGCCCAACGGGCAGCAAACGGCCGGGCUCCGUGCGCAAGUUUCUAGGCCUUCGUCCACUCUCCUCGCAUGAGAGUUUCACCUCGGAACGGCCAGGAUCACCAGCUACCCUGAAUAGCCAGCCGGGCUUGACCAGGAAAAAGAGCACCAGCUGGUUCGGCAAGCGCAAGAGCUCCUUCAUCAGCGGUCCCAUACCUGAAGGGAACGAGCGGAAAGCGCCCUACACAAAUGGCGCUUCCAGUACGAAUGCUGCACAGGCGCAGCCGGCCCAGAAGAAAGGACCGCCGCCGCCAGCGCUACCAGAGCUCAAGUCGUUUGGAGUCAGCGAGGACACGUUCAGCAUGGGCGCGGAUGACCUGUUCAAAAACAUAAAAUAA